AUGACAGUCUCUGAGCUCAGCAUCCCACGGGUUGACACGAACAGCACCGGGGAAUACACCUGCCGGUAUGAGGAGAAAGAAAGUGGGAGAUGGAUCAUGUCCACCAAGAGCCACGCUGUGACUGUUACCUUGAAAGAUCCCCCUCCACGGCCGGUGCUGAGCAUGGAUCCCCCAUCAGGAGUGGUGAACGAAGGGCUCCCCCUGCUCAUCACCUGCACAGCCCCCGGGGAUGCCAGCGAAUGGAGGUUUCACUUCUACAAAGACGGAGCAAAGAUUGUCCCCGGGGAUGCGGGGUCUGAGAUCAGCAUCAAGGAGUCUAGCACCAGCUCUAGGAAUGUCUCUGUGCUCAGCAUCCCACGGGCUGGUCCCAACAGCGCCGGGGAAUUCACCUGCGGGUACGAGGAGAACGUGAAUGAGAAGUGGGUCCCAUCUCCCAGGAGCUGGCCUGUGAACGUCACCGUGAAGGAUCCCCUGCCCUUGCCGGUGCUGAGCGUGGAUCCCCCAUCUGGGGUGGUUAUCAAGGGGGUCCCAUUAGUCAUCACCUGCAAGGCCCCCGGAGAUGCCAGCGAGUGGAGAUUUCAUUUCUACAAGGACAGAGCCGAGAUUAUCCCCGGGGACAUGGGGUCUGAGAUCAGCACAAGGGAGUCCAGCACUGACUCUAUGAUGCUCACUUUCCCACGGGCUGGUCCUGCGACCACAGGGGAAUUCACUUGCGGCUAUGAGGAGAACGUGAGCGGGUGGUGGAUCCCGUCCCCCAGGAGUCAGGCUGUGAACGUCACCAUGAAGGAUCCCCUGCCCUUGCCGGUGCUGAGCAUGGAUCCCCCAUCUGGGGUGGUUAUCAAGGGGGUCCCAUUAGUCAUCACCUGCAAGGCCCCUGGAGAUGCCAGCGAGUGGAGAUUUCAUUUCUACAAGGACGGAGCCGAGAUUAUCCCCGGGGACACGUGGUCUGAGAUCAGCACAAGGGAGUCCAGCACCGACUCUAUGUUGCUCACUUUCCCACGGGCUGGUCCUGCAACCACAGGGGAAUUCACUUGCGGCUAUGAGGAGAACGUGAGCGGGUGGUGGAUCCCGUCCCCCAGGAGUCAGGCUGUGAACGUCACCAUGAACGAUCCCCUGCCCUUGCCUUUGAUGAGCGUGGAUCCCCCAUCUGGGGUGGUUAGCAAGGGGGUCCCAUUAGUCAUCACCUGCAAGGCCCCCAGAGAUGCCAGCGAGUGGAGAUUUCAUUUCUACAAGGACGGAGCCGAGAUUAUCCCCAGGGACAUGGGGUCUGAGAUCAGCACAAGGGAGUCCAGCACCGACUCUAUGAUGCUCACUUUCCCACGGGCUGGUCCUGUGACCACAGGGGAAUUCACUUGCGGCUAUGAGGAGAACGUGAGCGGGUGGUGGAUCCCGUCCCCCAGGAGUCAGGCUGUGAACGUCACCAUGAACGCUAUCUCGUCUCUGCCCAUUCCCCUGGUGGCUGGGUGCGCUGGUGCUGCCGUGGGUCUGGUUCUGCUGCUGCUUCUCAUCUGUCUCUACAAGAGGAAGAAGAAAGGUUCCAAGUGGGAGCGGAGGAGGAGAGCCCAGAACGAUGGUUUUAUCAGCAGUUACUCACCUAUGCCUCUAGCAAUGAUCAACCCAGACACUCUUUAACAGCCCCCUCAGCUCCUUGCCUCCAUGUCCCCUGCAACAUCAUAGGACCAAUGAAGAUCUGUGAAGCUUACCACACUCACCGUGCAUAUCCUCCCAAGGUCUCCUUCACGCUGGCGGGCACACACCAGGCCUCCAGCUGAAAACAUCCCCGGCAAAACGGAGAUGUGAUUGUGUCUCUUUGCCUGCUGCAGAGAUACUGGGACUGUUUGAAAGGAAGGAAGAAGUUUCUAUUCUCCUAACUUCUCAGCAAAUCUCCCCUUUACCAGGAACAUUCAAGCUGAUGUAAAUCUCUGUAAAUUUCCUGUCUCCUGUUUGUCAUUAAACCCCCCUUUAAC